AUGGCAUCAGGACUUCGCCCACCGGACGGCUUCAUCGACCUUUCUGCGGCAUACACUUCUCCUGACAAUGCAUUCGUCAAUAUUAUCGGCGUGGUCGUCGACCUCAUGCAGCCGACAAAGACAACCAAUGGAAGAGAUUGGACCAUGUCGUUCAGACUGCUGGAUCGACAGCUUUUUGGUUGGGUGAGCGGUUCCGAAGGCCUGUCUAUUCGAUUUUUCAGAGCGGAUCCUACGCAUUUACCAAAAGUCCAGAAUGUCGGUGAUGUCGUGCUGUUACGCUUCCUAAAGAUGAGUACUUGGAUGGGACAACGAUCAGCACUGUCGAAUUACCAGACGCAGUGCAUUGUGUUUCCUGCCGGGCGUAUCCCAGAGCCAUCGUUCGCCAUCGCAGUCCAAGGGCGAGACAAGAUUCAAACGCUUGGGAUUGAGCGAGAGAAGGAGAAUUUCAACUUGGUGGAGCAAAACUAUGCGAUCAGUCUGAAGAAAGACAUGGCAGGAACUGCUGCGGAUCGUUUACGGAAGUUCAAGGAUCAGGACCAGCGUCGAGAAGAGCGACAGGAGCAAGGGCCGCCGGCCAAGAAACAGAAGUCCAACGGCACAUUCAACCCCAAGUUCAAGCUCAUCGUUGACCUUGAGCCGCGCACUUACGCCGACCUUUACGGAGAGGUCGUGAAAAGGAUCGGCGUCACGUAUGGUUGCGAUCUCUACAUCACUGAUUACACUUCAAACCCCCUCUUGCGUCAGUACGACCCACCUGACAAGGAGGCGCCCGAGGACAGAGAUGGUGACAUCUACGGUUACACGGCUGGAGCCUCGAAAGGAAACUGGAAAGGACCGUUCGGGCAGCUGACGAUGAAGAUUAACGUCAAGUCUCCGCAUGCUCAGGUGGCAAAUAAGAUACUCAACGAAGGCGACUACGUCCUCCUACAAAAUGUAAAGACCAGAGUUACUGACGCGGGGCCAUGGCUGGAAGGUGACAUGUGGCCAGACGACAUAUCCCCUGAGAAGGUGAAGGUCAUAAAGCUUGAGGGCUCGAACAAUGCGGUCCAGCUCAAAGCCCUCCUCGAGAGGAAGGCGGCAUACUGGAAAGGACAAGAAGCACGCGCCGCCCAAGGGCUCAGAGAGGAGAACAACAAGGCCAAGAAGAACGGCAAGAAGAAGAACAAAAAGCAGAAACAAGAGACUGCUGGUGCACAAGCGGAAGAUGAAAGCUCGACAACAGCGAGAAAGCCAAGCACCAAACCCGACAAGAACCCACACAUACGCUGCAGCCACGAAAGCGUCCCUCUAUCGAACAUCAGAACCAUCCUUGACCCAAACAACGCCCGUCACACGAAUGCCCCACCCACGGGUGACCCCUACACCAUGCCCUUCAUCAACGUCAAGUACCGCGCCAAAGUCCGCGUCGUCGACUACGAGCCCAAAUCUCUCGAAGACUUCGCUGUCCCGCCACUACCAGAAGAACAAGACGAAAGCCAAGACAGCAUGGCAUGGCAGUACACCGGCACUCCGAACUUCGAGUGGUACUUCUCCUUGCUCCUCGAAGACGCUACGAACAGCAAAGACCACAGCAGAGUCUGGGUGCACGUCCAACACAAGGAUGCCCAAUUUCUAUUCGGGAACGACAUAAAGAAUCCGAUGGAUCUAAGAGCAGAGCCGCGGCUGCUGGCCAAGCUGAGAGAGAAGAUGUUCGUUUUGUGGGGAAAUUUGGAGGAGGGAGGCGGUGAAGGAUUGAGUAAUCUGCCUUUCGAGUGCUGUAUCCAAGAGUAUGGCAUCGAGAUGGAUGAGGAGGAUCCUGGCAAGGAGAAGGCGCCUCUGGGCUGGCAGAGGAUGUACUCUAUGUUCGGCGUCACGAUCCUGUAG